AUGCUCUCUCGUGCGACCGCCGCACGCCGACUCCUGCGUUCCGCGCACCGCGCUCUCCCCGCGCUUUCAGAUCUCCCAGCCAUGGCGGCUCUUCAGAUGAACGCCGCGUCGCUCUCGAGCGCUCCGCGCGCGCUGCUGGCGAAGGAUGCUUCGUCCAAGGCUGCGUCAACCACAUCCGCACCGUCUAUCUCGUGGCGCUCCUUCUCCUCCGGCAACCCCGCUCUUCUUGCCCGCCUCUCCCGCUCGGCCGCUCAUGCCACGUCAGCAUCGCAGCGCGCGGGCCAGAAGCCUGCCACGUGGAACCCUGUCCGAUGCAACGCCACGACGACAGAGGCUCCUGCUUCUGAGACCUUCACGUACCAGGCCGAGGUUAAUCGGCUCAUGGAUCUCAUCGUGCACUCUCUCUACAGCCACCGCGAGGUCUUCCUCCGCGAGCUCGUCAGCAACGCGAGCGACGCGUUGGACAAGCUUCGGUUCCUGUCGGUGACGGACCCGUCGCUCAUGGCGGCGGACGCGGAGCUCGCUAUCCGCAUCAAGGCGGACCCCGCCGCCGGCACCAUCACCAUCACCGAUACAGGCAUCGGUAUGACCAAGGAGGAGCUCAUGGACUCGCUGGGGACCAUCGCCCAGAGUGGCACCGCCAAGUUCGUGCAGGCCAUCAAGGAGAAGCAGGAGAAGGAGGGCGAGGUGGACAGCAACCUGAUCGGGCAGUUCGGCGUGGGAUUCUACUCGGCUUUCCUGGUGGCGGAUCGAGUUACGGUCCGCACCAAGAGUGCUAAGGGCGGCAAGCAGUGGGUGUGGGAGGCGGAGGCGGAUCAGAGCACGUACACGAUUCGCGAGGACGAUGGGGAGCAGCUGGCUCGUGGCACGUCCAUUCAGCUGCAUCUCAAGGACGACCAGAAGGCGGAGUAUUCGGAUCCCGCGCGCCUGGCGAGUCUGGUGAAGAAUUACUCGCAGUUCAUCGGGUUCCCCAUCUACAUGUGGCAGGAGCAGACGCGCUCCAAGGAGGAGGAGUAUGAGGAGGCGGCCAAGAAGGAAGGCGAGCCCCCGGUGAAGAAGACUCGCACGGUGGAGGAGAAGUACUUUGACUGGGUGCUGGAGAACGAUACCAAGCCCAUCUGGGUCCGUGCACCCAAGGAGGUGGAGCAAGCGGAGUACAACGAGUUCUUCAAGAACACGUUCAAGGAGUUCCUGGAUCCGCUCACCCACACACACUUCUCAACGGAGGGCGAGAUUGAGUUCAAGUCGCUGCUCUACGUGCCGGGCAUGGCGCCCUUUGACGCCAACGACAUGUUCUCGGGGAAGACCCGCAACAUCCGGCUCUACGUGAAGAGGGUUUUCAUUUCCGACCAGUUUGACGGGGAGCUGCUCCCACGCUACAUGGCCUUUAUCAAGGGAGUGGUCGAUUCCAACGACCUCCCUCUCAACGUCUCUCGCGAAAUCCUCCAAGAGUCCCGCGUUGUCCGCAUCAUGCGCAAGCGCCUCGUGCGCAAGGUGUUUGACAUGCUGGACGACGUCGCCGCCCGGAAGGACGCGGACGGCAAGCCCAGCAGCGACUACACCACCUUCUGGCAGAGCUUCGGGCGCAACGUCAAGCUCGGGUGCAUCGAAGAUGCUGGUAACCACAAGCGCCUCGCUCCGCUCCUCCGGUUCUUCUCGUCGAAAUCCGAGGACGAGUUGAUCUCCCUGGAGGAUUAUACAGCCCGGAUGAAGGACGGGCAGAAGGAGAUUUACUACAUUGCGGCGGACACGGUUCGCAGCGCGAAGUCGGCGCCGUUUUUGGAGAAGCUCAACCAGAAGGGGCUCGAAGUGCUCUUCCUGGUUGAGCCGAUCGACGAGGUUGCGGUUACCACGUUACAGAGUUACAAGGACCUCAAGUUCGUGGACAUUUCCAAGGAGGAUCUGGAUCUGGGGGAUGAGGACGAGGCGAGCAAGAGGGAGCAGGAGAAGGAGUUCCAGGGCGUGUGUGACUGGAUGAAGGGCGUGCUGGGGGACAAGGUGGCUAAAGUGCAGGUGUCCCAGCGCAUUGCUUCGUCUCCCUGUGUGCUGGUGGCCGGCAAAUUCGGCUGGUCUGCUAAUAUGGAACGCAUCAUGAAGGCGCAGACGAUGGGCGAUCCCCAGCAGGCGGAGUUCAUGAGGGGCAGGAGGAUCCUGGAGAUCAACGCUGACCAUCCGAUCAUUAAGGACCUCAAGGUGCAGAGCAGUGUGGCACCGGAUAGUCCCAAGGCGAGGCAGCUGGUGGACCUGCUGUACGAGACGGCGCACAUUGCCUCGGGAUUCCCGCCGGAGAACCCUGCUGAAUUUGGCUCGCGCGUGUAUGAGAUGAUGGCUCUUGCCAUUCCUCAAGCUGCUGCCGCCGCCCCUUCUUCACCAUCCUCGUCAACAAGCGCCCCGGUACAACCGGAGGUUGUGGAGGCCUCUGAAGUGCGCACGGAGGGUGACGUAUGGAACAUCCGUCAGCUUCCAGCGAGCGCAGCGACUAUCAUCGUCGCAAACUCAAGUAUCAUGACUCUCUCACAAGUCGGCGUACGACACCCAGUCGCAUCUGCCACCCUACACUCACCCUCCGCCAAAACCGCCGUACGCGCCACGUCAGCCAGAUCCACGUCGUCAGCGAACGUGUGCGCAGUCAGCGCGUCGGCAAUCCCUAGGCCGCUCGAAUGGCUCGAGGUGUCUGGCAGCCCGUUCGAGCGCGGCUGUGCGAUCGGCAUGCGAUUCGGCGACAAGAUCCGCGACCGCGUCGCCAAGGCUCCGUUCCUGCACGACGACAUGAUUCCGUUCGCACGGACGGGCGAAGGAGCUUGGCUGCUGGAAAUGUUUUCCGAGUCCAACAAGGCGCUAUACCCAGAGUACUGGGAGGAACUCCGAGGCAUGGCGGCCGGCAGCUGCGUUCCUUUUGACGAGCUGCUGCUUCUGAACCUUCGGAAGGAGUUUGGACCCUUCCUGCCUUCCCUCAAUGCGCCUGCCACGUCAGCACUGCUGCCUGAGCUGGCGUCACCGGCUAUGACAGGAUCUGGCGGUGGUGCUGCCACGUUGGACAGGGCGCUGCAGUAUGGCAUGACGUCUGACGACUGCUCUGACGUGUUGCUGCUCUCGGAUGACGUGGCAGCAGUAGGGCACAACGAGGAUGCGGAUUACUCGAUUGUGGAUAACACCUUCCUGGUGCGCAUGCAUGCCGACAGCGGUGUUGCCUUCACCGCAUACACCUAUGCGGGCGAGCUCCCUUCCGUGGCCUUUGGCUUCAACAACGCCAGAAUGGGUUUCUCAAUGGACGCGGUACCGCCUGCGCCUUCAGAAGUGGUGAAGGGAGGCAUAGGACGCAAUUUCAUUGCCCGCAGCCUCAUGGAGUCGCGGUCUAUAGAGGAUGCCGUACAGCGCGUGACUGACCCAGCGGUGGCAGUGGGGCAUCACUACGUGCUGAUGGAUUUCGCCCACCGGCGAAUCGCAUCCGUUGAAACCGCAUCCAACGACCGGCAUAGCAUCCUGGAGCUGGGCCCAAACCCUAAGCUGGGAACCCAGGCUGCUUCUAGCACUGCUGCUUCUGCUAACGGUGAUGCUGCUGCUAACGGUGAUGCUGCUGCUGCUGCUGAGGGCGCGAAAUACAUCUUCCAUGCGAACGCAUACACGAGGCUGCAGCUGCAGGAGAAGAUGGGCCCCAGCGCCCACCGCAGAGAGGCCACUGCCAGGCGCCUGGGCGCACCGAAAACCACACAAGACAUGCUUAAAAUCCUAUCCAACUCAGACGACAAGGAGUUUCCCAUCUUCAAUGACGGAAACCCCUUUGAAAUCGGAGGCCCGGUAAUCCACACGCUCCACAGCACGCUCUUCAACCUCGAUGCAGGAAAACUCAACAUCUUUGGUGGGCGUUCCACAGAUGGCAACGUGCUGCAUCAGUUUGACAUCUGA